AAGCUGUUGAGUAGUGAUGUGACUCAUUAUGUAAUCCCAGACUGGAAAGUUGUUCAAGAUUACCUUGAGAUCCUAGAGUUUCUGGAGUUGAAGGGAAUUAUCUUCAUGCAAACAGCUUGUCAAGCUGUGCAACAUCAAAGGGGCCGGAGACAGUAUAACAAAUUGCGAAACCUACUGAAGGAUGCACGCCAUGAUUGCAUUUUGUUCGCUAAUGAAUUCCAGCAGCACUGCUAUCUUCCUCGGGAAGGAGGGGAGCCCAUGGAGAAGUGGCAGACCAGGAGCAUCUACAACGCGGCUGUCUGGUACUAUCACCACUGCCAGGACAGGAUGCCGGUCGUUAUGGUGACGGAAGAUGAAGAGGCCAUUCAGCAGUACGGAAGUGAAACAGAAGGAGUGUUUGUGAUUUCUUUCAAGAAUUACCUGGAUAAUUUUUGGCCUGAUUUAAAAGCUGCCCAUGAGCUCUGUGACUCCAUCCUUCAAUCCCGCCGGGAGAAGGAGAGUGAGAAUCAGGAGAGCCAUGGAAAGGAGUACCCUGAACAUCUUCCUGCCGAGGUCUUGGAAGCAGGGGUCAAAUCAGGAUGCUAUGUCCAGGGAAUUCUGAACGUGAAUAAACAUAGAGCACAAAUAGAAGCUUUUGUUCGACUUCAAGGAGCCAGCUGUAAAGAUUCAGGUCGAGUGGUGGGCAUUCUUCAGAAGAACUGGCGAGAUUAUGUGGUAACAUUUCCAUCUAAAGAAGAAGUCCAAUCUCAGGGCAAAAAUGCUCAGAAGGUUCUAGUUACUCCCUGGGAUUACAGAAUUCCCAAAAUCCGGAUCAGCACUCAGCAAGCAGGAGCCCUGCAGGACUUCAGGGUAGUUGUACGCAUUGAUUCCUGGGAAUCAACGUCUGUGUAUCCAAAUGGACAUUUUGUGCGUGUUCUAGGAAGGAUCGGCGAUCUGGAAGGGGAGAUCGCAACCAUCUUGGUGGAAAACAGCAUUUCCGUUGUUCCUUUCUCUGAGGCUCAGAUGUGUGAGAUGCCAGUGAACUCGCCAGAAAAACCCUGGAAGGUGAGUCCUGAAGAAGAGAAAAGACGGAAAGACUUGAGGAAAACACACCUCGUGUUCAGCAUUGACCCCAAAGGCUGCGAGGACGUGGAUGACGCCCUCUCCGUGAGAACCUUACACAAUGGCAACCUGGAGCUGGGGGUCCACAUCGCAGACGUGACCCAUUUUGUGGCACCCAAUUCUUACAUCGAUGUGGAAGCUAGGACCAGGGCCACCACAUACUACCUAGCAGAUCGGCGCUAUGACAUGCUGCCCCCGGUGCUGAGUGCUGACUUGUGUUCCCUCCUGGGAGGUGUUGAUAGGUAUGCUGUAAGUGUCAUGUGGGAACUGAAUAAAACUUCUUAUGAAAUCAAGCAAGUGUGGUAUGGCCGUACCAUUAUUCGAUCCGCUUACAAACUGUUCUAUGAAGCAGCCCAGGAACUUCUGGAUGGCAACUUCAGCAUCCUCGAUGAGAUUCCAGAAUUCAAGGACUUGGAUGAGAAGAGCAGACAAGCCAGGCUGGAGGAGUUAGUGUGGGCCAUCGGCAAGCUGACCAACAUAGCUCGCCACAUCCGAGCCCAACGCGAUGGCUGUGGCGCGCUGGAACUGGAAGGGGUAGAGGUUCGAGUAGAGCUAGACGAAAGAAAGAACAUUCACGACCUCAUUCCCAGGCAGCCCCUGGAGGUGCACGAGACGGUGGCCGAAUGCAUGAUCCUCGCCAACCACUGGGUAGCCAAGAAGAUCUGGGAAAGUUUUCCUCACCAGGCCCUGCUGCGCCAGCACCCUCCUCCACACCAGGAGUUCUUCGCUGAGCUCCGAGAAUGCGCUAAGGCAAAAGGCUUCGACAUAGAUACCAGGUCCAAUAAAACACUGGCUGAUUCUCUGGAUAAGGCUGAUGACCCCAACGACCCAAUUGUGAACAAGCUACUGCGCUCUAUGGCCACGCAGGCCAUGUCCAACGCGUUGUAUUUCUCUACCGGCUCCUGUGCAGAAGAAGACUUCCACCAUUAUGGUCUUGCCUUGGAUAAAUACACCCAUUUUACUUCUCCAAUAAGAAGAUAUUCUGAUAUGAUUGUCCACCGACUAUUGAUGGCAGCCAUUUCUAAAGACAGGAAAGAGGAAAUUAAAGAGAAUUUGCUCAGCAACAAAGAUCUGGAGGAAUUGUGCAGACAUAUCAACAACAGAAACAGAGCAGCACAGCACUCUCAGAAGCAGUCUACCGAGCUCUUCCAGUGCAUGUACUUCAAGGACAAAGACCCUGACACCGAGGCGCGCUGCAUAGCUGACGGGGUUAUUUACUCCAUUAGAACAAAUGGCGUGCUUGUGUUUAUUCCAAGAUUUGGGAUUAAAGGUGCUGCUUAUCUGAAAAACAAAGAUGGUUUAGUGAUCUCCUGUGGGCUAGACAGCCGUUCUGAAUGGAAACCAGGAUCCCUUCAACGAUGCCAAAACAAAAUCACCUCUACCCCAACAGGAGGGGACCCCGUUACUUUCCAUUUAUUUGACCAUGUCACAGUACGAAUAUCUGUACAGGCCCUGCGUUGCCACUCAGACACCAUCAGGCUUGAAAUAAUCAGCAACAAGCCCUAUAAGAUGUCAAGCACUGAACUUUGCCGCCAGAGUUCCCUCUUGCUGAAGAGUGAGCUGGUGAAAGAGGUGACGAGAUCCGUGGAAGAAGCUCAGCUUGCCCAGGAAAUCAAAGGCAAAGUCAUUGAGGAGGAGUACCAGGAGUAUUGCCAAAGCAAGGGAGGCAGUCUCUACACACUCCUGGAGAAGAUAAGGGACCUAGCACUCCUGGAUGUUUCAAACAAUUACGGGAUCUGAAACACUGACUUCAUUAAAAGAGCCCGGUCUGAC